UGAUUGGUUAAGAGCUUGAGUAACAGCACUAAAAUUGGAACCCUACAAACAUCGGAGAAGUCAACUAAUCAACUAACUACCAACCGCGACUUGUCAUCCCCUUUUUCGAAGUAAGCAGAACAUCGUUGUUUUCCUCAAUCUUGUCAUGAGAUCUCGUCAUUAGUUCCAGAGGUCUCAGCAAUUGGAAGACCAAUUACAUACUUGAAGCGUGGGCGAGAUGGGGUCGUUUAUAUCUCGGAAUGAAUUCCCAGUUGAAGGACGAACAGUCCUUAUAACUGGUGCUUCUAGAGGUCUUGGUCUGAGCGCCGCCCGCCAAUUGGCAGAGAAAGGCGCCAACAUCGUUAUCGUCGCGCGCAACGAAGCCAAGUUACAAGAAGGCGUUGCCUAUAUCUCGAAAGGCGCCCGCUCGCCUGAGACACAACGUUUCCACUACAUCAGCGCCGAUGUGACCACUUCUGCCGAGUGCGCUCGCGUGGUUGCUGAAUCUAUCGCGUGGAACCAUGGCUCACCACCCGAUAUUGUUUGGUGUUGCAGCGGUAGCGCGCAUGCGACACUUUAUAUCGAUACUCCGCCAGAGCAGUUUCAGACUAUGAUGGACAGCAACUAUUUCUCGUGUGCAUACAUGGCACACGCCGUGCUCAACGCCUGGCUACGACCUGAUCCCCAUGCAACGAACUCUGAGAGACGUGCAGAAUCUAUGUCUCAGCCAGAGACAAAAGCGGGUCCACUGCCGGCUCGCCAUCUUGUCUUCACCGGCUCGUUCGUUUCAUUCUACAGCUUUGCCGGCUUUACGCCCUAUAGCCCUUCCAAGGCAGCUAUCCGUGCGCUUUCUGACUCAUUAUCCCAAGAGAUGAACCUCUACGCAGCGGCUCACCCCAAUAUUCCCCGUGUGCGUGUGCAUACUGUCUUCCCCGCUACCAUGCCCACUCAGGGCUUAGAAGAAGAGAAUAGCAUCAAGACCGACCUAACGAAAUCCCUCGAGGAGGGUGAUCAGAUACUAGAACCAGCAGAGGUUGCGCGGCGCGCAAUUCGUGGCUUAGAAAGUGGCGAGGAUCUGGUACCUACGAGUACCAUCAUCAGGCUCGUAAUGACGAGCGUACUAGGUGGUUCUACACGCGGAGGGUUUUGGAAGGGAUUAGUCAAUACUCUAUUGGGCUGGGUGGUUCUUGUGGUGAUGGUGUUUAUAAGAUGGGAAAUGGAUACCAAAGUAACGAAGUGGGGAAGGGAGCACGGAUCAAGCGGGAUGCUCAAGGAAAAGGGGAAAUGAUGAAGUGGAUGUGUUGGUCCAAUACGGAGACUACUAUGUGUAGCGACGGCUCUCAAGUUCAAGGAGAUGGUGAGACGAUGAUACAAUUCUCCCUUUCUGAAGACUUUAAGUCUAGGUACCUAAUUAAGGAACACUAACGUUACUACAGAAUUAGGUCUCUUAUCAAAUAAUCUAUCUUAGGAGGUACUCAUCAUAGGUACCUAACUAACCUAGGCACCUAAUGCGGGAGAAAAGGGGAGUCGAAAAAGAAAGAAAGCUUUAAACGUACCGUACCUUAAUUUAUGUCUAAACAGCCCUUAUGUGUAAAAGCCAGGGUUUCAAGAGUCGGACACAGGCCCGUUUAGUUGAGUCUUGUGUUAAAAUUUACUAGGC